AUGGCAAGGAUACUCCAAGGAAACCUGCACAGAAGUAGGCUCGCACAUGAUCUGCUAACCCAACAUGUGAGGGAGCAGAAAGUGGAUGUCCUAUUGAUCAGCGAACAAUACAGGAACCUAGACCCACCCUUUUGGGUGUCAAAUAUCGAAAAAACCGCAGCCAUUUGGGUGCCCAGGCGCGGGUUGGUGAAUACGGGUACGGGAGAAGACUACGUAAGGGGGGUGGGGGGCAUACAAGGGUCGCAUACAAGGAAACUAGGGGUAUUGGAGGACGUUAUUAGAGAGGUCCCCGGGGAAAUCGUGAUCGGGGGCGACUUCAACGCGAGGGCCACAGAAUGGGGCAUGCCGACGACGAACCCAAGAGACAGAGCCAUCCUCGAGAUGGCAGCCAGGCUGAACUUGAUAGUAGCGAACGAGGGUAAUACCAGUACCUACCGUAGAACAGGCUUUGGGGAAUCAAUACCGGAUGUAACCUUCGCAAGCGAAAUGACGACCCGCAUCAUAAGGGACUGGCACGUCACGGAAGAAUAUACAGCUAGCGACCACCAGUAUAUGCUAUUCAAUAUCAACGAAGACCAUCAGACCAGUACAAGGAGAAAUCACAGUCGAGCGCCAAGAUGGAACACCCGACGCAUGAACCGAGAGACACUCGCGGUGUUAAUUCAAAGCGCGAUCCUCUCAUCCAACGGGAUCCCGCACGAAUUAGGCGGACGCGAAAGAGCAGAGACAAUAGUAGAGUAA